AUGACUAUCCAGUCUAUAAAACAACAGAUGAUAGAUAAUAAUACAACUGUAUGUGCUCUGUUCUGGAAUAAUCAGUUUCACGUGGUGUCGCAGCUACAUGGAACUUUGCUUCUGUUACAAAAUAAUGCAGAUCAGGUUGACAAGCCUAUUGUAUGGAAGCAUUUCAAUGAUGUUUUGGACAGCUCAUGGACACAAGGGAAUGACUAUGUCGCAAAAUCUGUGGAUUUUAAAGGCUGUCGGAGGUUCAUUAUUUGUCCUAAUAUGACUGGCUCAUCCGCGCUGGUAGCACUAUGCAAUGCCAUACUUCUAAGAGGCGAUGUGGACCUGAGUAAAAUACUCGAUUGUAACUUGAGUCUAAAUCUUGGCCAUCUUCAUCAAGUUGUUUUUGGGGCCUCCAAGACUACAUCCUAUACCAUGAGGCCAGAAGAAUGGGUUGUAGCAGUAGGAUGCCUUCAUCAACCUGUCGAUGUUAAACUGAACUUCAAAAGCAUCCGUAACAUAAAAAUCAUGAAAGACUAUAAGAUUUUUGAGAACUUUGGCUUUGAUUUAUACCAUGGUUUCAUCGCUGACCCGGAGGAUCUCAAUCUUUGCAAUGCAAUUGGACAAGGGUAUUAUGAUUGUACAACUGAGAGCCCACCUUCUCAUUUGAAGGCAGAAGAUCAUAGAGAGUUACUUGAUAAGUUCCUAAAAGAUCAUGAUACUGAACUAACACCUCAUGGUUUGCAAAGUUUACAAGAGGAAUUGUCUGAAACAAAGAUCCAUGUUAUAUUCUGGAACAAACAGUUCCAUACUGCUAUCAAGUGCAAUAACCGCAUCUUUGUUUUGGAUCCAAGUUUGAGUUCAUUUGAUGCUGGCAAAAUAUGGAGAAGUUUAGACAUUGUAAUAUCAUCGUCACAUCUCUUAUAUCACUACCACCGUUCAUAUUGA